CCGCCGCGGUGGUGGCGGUAGUGAUAGUGCCGGCAAUGGAUUGUGUCGUCUUGUGUCUGAGGACAACAGACGUUAGACGCCACUUUACCGUGGGCCGGACAAGUAACCGCGCGCUCGGUCCAGUGCCUUCCAUCGCGUGCGAUUGUAAUUAUUCGGUGUCCGUCUAAUAUUCUAAAACGUUGGCAUUUUAACCGCUGGGUCUUGAUUCAGGGCGCGUGCUAUGUACUUACUGAUAUCGCCACUCGAGUUCUGCCGUGCCAACACUACUGAGAGGAACGUAACACGAUUAAUUAAACAUACUUAAAACGUAAUCUUUUUGUUUUUUAAUUUUAUAGUUUGACGUUAUUAAACGAUUUAUUGAAAUAAAUUAAUAAUUGACAUGGAGACGUCUAAUAGCGACACGAAGGUUAACACGCCUUCGCUAGCUCUGAUGGACGAUGUGACGAUGGCAAAAACGUUGGCCAUGGUUGUACUAGGUUUGGGAUCGUUUGUACUAGGCGUUAUACCCGUCAAGCUAGCCAAGUGGUGGCACAAAGAUGGCAACUCGGGCGAAGAAUCGCAUCAGGGACAUUCGCACCAUCCGGGAUCAUCAGCGUCUUCUUCGCCUAUCGUGUCUCUUUUGUUAUGUUUUGGCGGCGGAGUAUUGUUAUUCACCACGUUGCUCCACCUUCAACCCGAAGUCCGCGAGGGUGUUCACAACCUUCAGGAGGCGGGUAUGUUGCCAGAAGAUCUCAGCAGCCUGGGCGAUUUGAUAUUCUGCGCCGGAUUUUUCCUCGUUUAUUUCCUCGACGAGAUUGUGCAUUCUAUUUUGGACAAGUGUUCGGCAGACUCUGAAGACGAAUCUGAAGUAGUGCUACACAGAUCGAUGAGCAUGCGACGGUGUACCAUGUCCAUACCGCGGGCAUCACUUACGGGUUCUCCGACGUCCGUGCCCUCCGUGACGGGCGCGUCCACGGCCAGCAUCAACGAAUUGCUCAAUGAUUCCAAAGACAAAAGGUACCACGCAUCGUGGAAUAAUCGACAGAUUCGUGAUCCGGAAGAACAGUCCAAAUCGACUAAUGUAGGACAAAGAAAAUCGGCCAAUCGAUCGUUUCGCGGGCUGUUCGCCGUACUGGCACUGUCGUUCCACGAAGUUUUCGAGGGAUUGGCUAUCGGAUUGGAAGAACGCAUCGAGAACGUCUGGUAUCUGUUUAUCGCCGUAGCCACGCACAAGUUAGUCAUAGCCUUUUGCGUCGGGUUGGAACUGGCGUGGUCCAAAACUCGCGUGCCCGUACUCGUCAUGUACGUGGCUACGUUCGCCGUAGUUACUCCUGUUGGAAUUGUCGCCGGCAUGUGGCUAGUCAGAUAUGGUGCCGGUGGUGCCAUUGAUGGAUCUCCUGGUACUGUGGCCGUUAUUCUUCAAGGGCUGGCCGCCGGUACUUUGUUGUACGUUGUCUUUUUUGAAGUGUUGGCCAGACACAAACAGGCCGGUUUCCUACAUUUGAUGGCCAUUUUUGUCGGAUUCUGUAUGAUGCUCACACUGCAAAUGACGACGCACAAACAUAGUCAUGGAAUGCCCGAUAGUCAUAACCAUCACGAUCACCACCACCUAAUGGAUCACGAUCAUUCGUCUCAUGUACACGAUCAUUCGUCUCACUCGCACGAACAUUAGAUUACCUAAUAGUCCAAGUUACCAAGCCCAUCGUGAUCUAUAUUUAAUUAUAAAUUACUUAUUAUUGUGUGUAUUAAUUUGAUAGUAUUUAAAGUGUUAAGUUAAUCUAAGAUAUUGUCAUUAUUUAUAUUCCUGUAAAGACGAUCUAUGUUAACAUUAUCAGUUAAUUAUUCGCUAUGAUAGUAUUUUUUUUUUUAUGAUUUUUAUAAAUAAACGAAUGAAAAAUGUUAAA